UCUCUGCAAGACAACCAUAUAAAAAUCCUAUAUAUGUCGAUUAAGAUUGUUCACUCACAAACCUACACAGUAUUACUACUACAUAACAAUUUCAAAGCAAAACAUAGUAGACAUAUAACUAAUAUUUAAGGAUGUUGGAUUGGGCUCCUGUUUUGCUUGGUUGGUUGCUUUUCAUAUUGCUCUCCCCUGGCCUCCUCUUCCGGCUACCUGGCAAAACCCGCCAUGUUGAAUUCGGCAGCUUCACCACCAAUGGCACGGCCAUUUUGGUACACACAAUCAUCUUCUUCGUCGUCUUCACCAUCCUCGUAUUGGCCGUCGACAUCCACAUCUUCACUGGUUCAAAAUCACGAUCAUAGUUUCACUAUUAAUUCUGUAAAUCUACAUUUAUAUUAU